CUCUUUUUCUCUCAUCCAACUUUGGUCACCGCUUUUCCACUUCAUUGCUCACCUACACCCUCGCUACGUGCUCCACGAUACUAGUUGUUGUUCUUUCGUUUGAGAGUUGAUAUUAUAUUCCUUUGAUAGACAUGGGUUUCCAAGAAGGCGAUAAUGCUAAGGGUGCGAACCUUUUCAAGACCCGCUGCGCUCAAUGCCACACCCUCGAGGCCGGCGGCGCGAAUAAGGUUGGUCCUAACUUGCACGGUCUGUUUGGACGUCAGUCCGGACAGGUAGAGGGUUUCUCCUAUACCGAUGCGAACAAGCAGAAGGGCGUUGUCUGGACCGAGGAGACCUUGUUCGAUUACCUCGAGAACCCGAAGAAGUACAUUCCCGGAACCAAGAUGGCUUUCGGUGGGUUGAAGAAGGAGAAGGACAGGAAUGACUUGAUCACCCACCUGCGCAAAAAUACUAAAUAAGCCUUUUAAUGUUUUUUUUUUCCUGCUCCACUCGUAAAGCAAAACCUUAUAGAACUCAUCUCUACUCUUUCGUUUUUUUAUAUUUCACUUUGUCGGUGUAUCUGAAGUUGGUGGUUCCAUGCGAACGAAUUGUAUUAUAUUAUUAUAUGUCCUUUUUCUCCACCUUGGUGGGGGUGGGGUGAAGGAAGCAAUAGAUGGCCUGACAAUGCCAUGAUCAUAAUUA